GCGGAACUAAAAUGAGAAUUACCGAUAGAGUUGAAAUCGGAGGAGGGACUUGAGUUUACCUCAAUAAUAAUAACCACGCGCAGCGAGUCACUAGCCCCGGAGUGCACCACACAGACACACACAGACACAUAGGGACCCCACGCCUCGGCAGCAACCAGAAGAAGCAGCACCAGCAGUAGCGAUGCCGACUAAUCGGGACGAAGAAAAGAGACCGGCGAUAAAGAAGCGCAAAUAUUCGCGCGGUGGAUGUAAUGAGUGCAAACGAAGAAAGAUGAAAUGUGACGAAACUAAGCCCUUCUGUGACAAUUGCACGCGGCUCAAGAAGCAGUGUGUGUAUCCGGGCAAGCAGAAGUAUGUCAUGGACACUGGGCCAGGCCCGGUGCCGGGUGUCCACCCGAAAACUGAGCCCAAGCUGCCAUCCAUAAUAGAGCCAAUCAAGGGGAAACAAUUGACUGCUUCCAUGGGGGAAAUGAACCAUUCUCUCAUACUCCCGCUGAUUCAUGGAACUCAACUCCGGCAGAUAUCAGAGGAGCGGCUCAUAAACCAUCCUCUUGCCGCGGCAUCGACGACAACGACGGCGUCGACAACAACAACGGCAGCAGGUGGUCAUAUUGUCUCACCACGGUAUUAUGACCAGGGUGGAAUAUAUGGGUUCCCCAUGCAACCCAGGGGUCUCCAUGACGUUGCCAUCCACAGCCAUGGUCAUAUCCAUGAACCUCCUCAUGCAUUUCACCAACAACUCCCGCCACACCUUGGGAAGAACGACACACCUCAACAACUUCGUGCCUCGAUGUCACAUGUCUCCUCUUCCAUAGGGACACCGUUGACCACGACCAGUUCUCCACUCCCACGGUUACAACCGGUGGCAGUACCGUCGUUACAGCCACAUCCACAGCCACACCCACAACAUCUACCAGCACCAACACCAGCACCAUCAAAUCCGUCGGUUCAACCACCUCAACUGGUGAUAUCAGCACCGGCACCAGCACCAGCAUCUAUAUCCGUGCCUGGACCACCCCUUACAUCAUCACUCAACAUUCCCUCACCAUCCUACCAAAACACAGGCUCAGGCGGGAGAAGAGAGUCAUCAUUUCGAAACUCCAUCUCAGAUAUCUUGACGCCAACGGCAGCAAAUGACAUCAAUUCUCCACAAGAACACGGCCUGGCAGAUUUCAGAGAAGUGUUUGACGAGGCAAGCUUGUUGGUUCAUGACCUUAAUGAUUUUGUUUCGUUGGAUUUCCUCACUCAAAACCAAUACAUGGACAAUGACCACACGCAAACUGCAGAACAGCAACAUCAACAGCAGCAGCAACAACAACAACAACUGCAACUGCAACUGCAACACCCCCCACAUCUGGACCUGCCAGUUCAAUCGCCGUACAAUUUCUCCAUCUCAAGACAAAAUAGCAUCAAUCGACAACCUCAACUUGCAACAUACUCUGGCAGCGAGAGUGGGAGACUUCUGAUGUCUGACACGUAUGAAAAGCAUAACUUCCAAUUGGAGGAGUUCACAGAUCAUAUAGUCAACCGGUCACCACUUUCCAUGGACCCAAACAUCCCUUACCCCCCCAACAGUUUCUAUCCCAGCGACAUAAAACGAUUGGCGUUUGUUGUACCAAACUCACAUCUUAUUGAGGAGACCAUCAAGCAACAUAAUCUUGCCGGCCCCCAUGUAACUUACUUGAAGAUCUUGACCAACACAGACUUGUCGUACCAUUUAUAUCCAUUUGCAAUUUCAGUGGAAACAAACGAAGUGGUUCACAUUCUUUUGGAGUACCUGCUCAAUUGUCCAUACUUGCUCAUGUCACUCUUGGCGAUCUCGGCAACGUUCCAGUACAACCAGACUGGGAAAUCGGUGCAUGACAUGUCCCGACAGAAGUACUUGAGUGUUUGUUUAAUUUUACUCAGUCGAGAGUUUAACAAUGGAGGAGGAUCGAGUAAAAACAAUCACAAAUUGGCAAAUGAUAUCGAAAGACUCUUGUUGACGGUCCUUGUGUUGACUCUGAACUUCACAGCCACUUCAGAUCGUGACGAUAACAUCUUGAAUUCUUGGAAAACACAUCUUCGUGGUGCUAAAGAUUUGCUUAUAAGUUAUUCGUCGGUUAAAUCGCAUCUGAGGGAACGCACUACAGUUUCACCGGGCUUGGCCUUGGCAAAGAUUUGGUUUUUCGCCCUUGAAUCUCUUGCUGGGUUGAUGUCUCCCAUGGGGGGAACUUUGGCUCGAGGGAAGGGUAAAGACUCAGAGGGAACUGGCGAAGAACUUCCAAGAACUUCUUCCAAAGAUAACAAAGUCGGAGGCAAGAAUGAGAAUGGAGUAGGUAAGCCAGUACCGACCGUGGAUGGUAAGCGUAGUGAAGAAAUACCAGAUGACCCUCUUAAGAACGUGAGUACUACCACCUCCUCCAGAAAUAGCAUCAGUGGGGGAAACUCUUCCUCCACUCCAACCGAUCUCACUUCAAAUCAAAAUCGCUCCAAAUAUGAUGGCCCACACGAAGAAGACAAGUACAAGGUGUUUAAGGAUACCGGGUACUUUUCAUACCAGCACAAUCCAGAGUACCAUGACACGUUGGUAAGGAUUGGGUUAUUGACUCCUAGUCAAAAUAUCCAACGACAGGCGGAAUUCAACCUUUUCUUGGGGUUUACCAUCGACGUGGUGUACUUGAACCAAGAGUUUAUCAGGAUUUUGAACAUGGUUCGAAGUAAUAUUGACGAGCCAGGGUUCCAUGUCCCCACGGACCGGAUAGCCAAGCUCAUGAGUUUGAUCUACACUGCCAAGGAGGCCCACAUUGUCCCCGAGGUUUCGUCCACCACCAAUUGGACUGUCCCAGUGACGAGUGCAGGCCAUCCAGACUACCAAAAGUCGAAUAAGGUGACUCUCCCACAAACUGCAUACGUGAAAAGCACAAACCUCGAGGGCCAACCGAUCUAUUAUUCUUGGUUCGAUAUCUCACAACAGAUCCGGAUCGAUGCGAUUUAUUUGAGAACCAUGUCGAUGCCUGAGAUCGUUGGACUCCCCAAGAGCCACCCAAUGGUGCAGGAACUAGUUCGUCGGAUCAUAAACUACAUGUUUUUCGUAAAGCGGAAGGAUUCCCCCGACUAUGAAACGGAAAGACAUCAACUCGUGGCUGAAAGUGAGAAUUUUUACCUUCCAAGAGAACUCUUUGAUUUCCGAUGCAUCAUGAUUCAAGCGCUGUUCCGUCUUUGUACGUCGUUUGUAUCGAAUGAUCUAGAUUUUGAAAAAUUACAAUUGUUUUUCAAAGGGUUGGUAUUACUUGGUAAUGGGAGUGCAUUGGCUACAAUAGAAUUGGUCAAGAAAUUGAGAGAGAGAACCAGGAGAAGACGUGAGAGACAGGAGUUGGAAGGUGAUACCGAAGAAGGGGGACUGGAUUCCCUGGUGGUUCGAGAAGUCAUUGCAUUUUCAUAGAGGAAUUUUCAGUACUAUUCUUGAUACUAGUUUGCAACAAAUUGUCACCCCAGGUUUCACCAAUGUCAUAUCAUCG